UUGUAAACCGCCGAGGGAAAAAAAUCACAACCGACGGUCUCUCAGUCUGCGCAGGCGCGGAAGGGGGUGGGUGCGCGCGCAGCUUCUUUCGCCUUUCGGGAAGUGUAGGCUGGACCCUGGCGCGGAGGGAGGAGGAAACUGAGGCCACGGAGCGCGGCUUCCGGCAGCUUCCAUGUCUCUGGGAGUCCCCCCCAAAGGGCUCCUGCGGGCUCCUGCCCCCCGGGAUCCGGGCGAGAACGUGUACGCCCAUAAAAACCUGCAUCCUUGGGAGGAACUGCCCCAGACCCCACGGGAGAGAGAGGCCGGGGCCCUGAAGUUCAGAGGUCUUUGCAGAGCAGGGUCCCGUGAGAGGCUGAAGAUGCCGGCCACAGUGGGCUCCUUGGGUCUGCAGCAGGAUGAGGAGGCGGCCUGGGGCCCGGACUCCACCUCGCAGAGUGACCACAGUAGCCCCGAGUCCUCUCGCCAGCGUUUCCGGAGAUUUCGCUAUCAGGAGGCGGCCGGGCCUCGGGAGGCCCUGAGCCGGCUCCGGGAGCUCUGUGUCCUCUGGCUGCGGCCAGAGGUCAGCCCCAAAGAGCGGAUCCUGGAACUGCUGGUGCUGGAGCAAUUCCUGAACAUCCUUCCCGCGGAAAUCCAAGCCUGGGUGCGGAUGCAGGGGCCACAGAGCACUGAAGAAGUGGUGGGGCUGCUAGAAGGCCUGCAAAAGAGCCCCGCGAAGCUGAUGCAGUGGAUCAUGGGGCGCAUUCUGAGACAGGAAGAACUUGCUGCAAAGAUCGAACUUCCCGGCAUCCAACUGGGAGCCAAGGGCCUUCAGAGCAAAAGCCAGAAGGAGAAGGAACCACCGCUGAGGUCUCGGCCAGACACCCAAGAGGAGGCCAGCCAAGAUGUCAAGGAGGAGCCCGGCACGCCCAGUGAAACGACUUCACCCACUCCCCAGAUCCCUGCCCACCCUCAGGAAGGGAAUGGCCACCACCCAGAGACGACAGCCUCCUUCCUGCCUUCAGGAUGCCAGGAGGAGUGGGGCCUGCUGGACCCCUCCCAGAAGGAGCUGUACUGGGACGUCAUGCUGGAGAAGUACGGCAGCGUGGUCUCCCUGGCAGAUGGCGCUGUCCCCCGGCAGACCUCGCUGUCCCCCAGCAGACCCCGCUGCCCGCUGGCACACCACGCUGACCGUCCGCAGCAGGCUUCGGGCUUCUCCUCCCUCGGGCGAGGGCCUCUUCCCAUGCCAGGCUCUCCCUUGAGGAGCACCUGCAGGACCGAGCGCCAGCCAGAAGGACCAGCUGGCAGGAUCCAGAACCACAAGGAGUGCUCUUCCCGGGAUGGCGCCAGGCCCCUGGCGGCUCAGCACCCGGCUCCCCGUCUGACGCAGGGAGACGGACCGGCUUCGGGCAGAGGCCUCUGGACCGCUUCGGAGCCGGGAAGUCCCGGAAGAAAAAGAAAGGCCCCUUCGCCAGGCUGGGAGAGCCCCCCGGGCAGGGCGGCCCGCGUCGGCCUCCUCCCCGGGGGAGUGGCUGAGCAGGCCCCGCCCUGGACGGAGAGGGACAAGAGCUAUUUUGCGCCAGGCCCGCGCCUGCUGGACGCGCUCCCGGCCGCCAGAGAGAAGCCCUACGUCUGCGACGAGUGUGGGAAAGGCUUUGACUGGAAGUCCGUGUUCGUCAUUCACCAGAGGUCCCACGCGGGCCCAGCCUCGGGGCAGCUGGAGGACAGCAGGGAGCCCCGAGACCCCCGCGAUCCCAGGGCCCGGCCGCGGCCGGCCGCCGGGGAGAAGCCGUACCGCUGCAGCGAGUGCGGGAAGGGCUUCCGCGAGCUGGCCACCCUGCGCAACCACCGGCGCAGCCACACGGGCGACAAGAGCUACCAGUGCCAGGACUGCGGCAAGGCCUUCAACUGGAAGUCGCAGCUGGUGAUCCACAAGAAGGCGCACCUGGGCGAGCGCCAGCACACCUGCGCCGAGUGCGGGGAGACCUUCGACUGGAAGUCGCAGCUGGUCAUCCACAAGAAGGCCCACCGAAGGGACGCUCCGUAGGCCGAGCGUCCCGGGGCGCCCCCCAGGACCCCCAUGCCAUCGCGCCCCCGGCCGGGCCGCUCAACUGCCGGCAGCUGGGCCUGGCCUGGUCUCCUGUGUCGGGACUCUUUAGCCAUAGUGCCGGAGGGAAGGAGGGAGCCCUAGCGGCCCUUCUCAGACCUCGUGAAUCUAGCCCUGCCCCUCCCCCAGAAACACUAAUCUAGGCAAUAAACAAUAUCUUCCGAA